CUUCAUGUCGUGGUUGUUUAGGCCUUGUUAGGCCUCUGCUGCUAUUUUCUUUGGCCUGUUAUCACGGUGAAAUCUUGAUUUUUGAGUCGUGUAGGUUGCUUACUUUCACCUUGUAGCUGAAGUUUUAACUUAGUGAUCCACCGGUACGACACAUUGUCGCAAUGGAUCCCAACUUGCCUCCCCCAUCCUAUGGAGCUCACAACACACAAGCUUUCACCAGCAUAAACCACAGUGAACCAUGUGAGCCGUGCAGUUCCAACAUGAUAGAGGAAGCGGGCGCAGUAGCUCUCUGCGCACAACCGCCUCUCUCUCCUAAUUAUGAAAUUCCACCACCAAUGGCAGAUUUCUCAGCUCCACCUCCUUAUGAGGUUGCUACAAAGUUGCCCACUUACGAUGAGGUCCAGCAAGAGAAACGACGAGAGGGAGAAAUGGGUGGUGUCCUUCCUACCCUUCCGAUACAUCAGCAAGCACAGGCACCACGAUCAGCUGCUUCCAUGCCAAUGUUUUUGGCCAUUGAUACUGACACUCACCCUGAUGAGUCAAACAAAGCAAUGCUAGGAACUGAUUUCAUGUUUUUUACUGCUUUUGUAGUGUCAUUUCUAUUCAACUGGAUUGGUUUCCUUUUACUCAUGUGUUUUUGCCACACAAUUGCUGCUCGUUAUGGAGCUCUCUCCGGAUUCGGCCUUUCAUUAUCAAAAUGGACCCUUAUUGUUAAGCAUUCAUCUGAUGUUACUGACCAUGUAUGGCUUUACUGGCUCGUCAUGUCGUUUGGGCUUCUUAUUUGCAUUCGAGCUAUUGUUCACUAUCUGAACAUCAAGCGUGGUUGGCAACUUCUGUCUGGCAAUCCUCAUGCUCAAGAAAGGCUCCUGUUCUUCUAUUAAGUCUUACAGCUUAAGAUUUAACAAAAAAAACCUAAGUCAGGAAAAUAAGGCGUGCCCUUAAAAUUUUGUCUCAUGUAUUUAUUGGUCUGUCAAUAUUAGUCACCUUUUUAAUGAAAGGGUGGGAGAAAUGUGUUUUUUGUUUUUAUUUUUUAGGUGGUAUACACUAUAUUUCGGAAUAAUUAUGACUGGAAAGAGUUAGGAGAUAAGUCGUUAUUCUGAUUUGUUUUCCAGUUUGGGCUUUUAAAAUAUUUUUACAGAACUAUGAUGAUGUUUGACUCUGUUUUUGUUCACUUGUUGGUUUUUCUUUUUGUUCAUUUUUAUUUUUGAUUACUCUUUCGUUUUAAGGUCUUCAGGUGGAUGUGGUCUCUUGAGGAAAACAAAAAAAGAAAAAAAAAAAAGAAAAGAAAAGUGGAGAGGAUAUGUAUUGAAUCAGCCCUCAGCCCAUCAGAGGAACUGAAAAGGCCAUCUCUUUUCCUUUGCUUUCCUUGCAAGACUAAAUCCGCCAUUACAGUGGUUUACACUGUAGUAAAGCAAUGUCAACACUGCAUAGAGAAAGUUUUAAGUCUUUUCUUCUGUACUGUAGUGAAAAUUUAUAUCCCUAGUUCAUAAUUACUAAAUAUUCACUAAAGAUUGUAAUUCUCAUGUUGCAGUAGUGCAAAAUAUAUUUCAUGACAUAUUAUGAAAAUUUGAGGAUAGUUUUCUCUACAUUUAGUGUUUUAUAAGUCUGUAUACUUGCCUUCAUGUUAGUUUUACCUCCAGGAAGUAAUAAAGACAAAGUUAGGGGAAGCACAUUUUAAUUAUUUUAUAUACAAGGUUUGUUCUAAUCACAGAUAAUAGUAGAUGUGUCUCACCUUUUAUGUCAUAAACUCUAGAUUCACAGCUUGCAUGUUGUUCUCACUUCAAUAAUAUUCUUACAUGAUAGUCAUCAUAUAGGAAGGAGAUCACUAUAGUUCAUACACGUGUUUUCUCUCAGCUUGCCUUCUGUUUUUUAAAUUAUUCCAAAAACCCAAUCUUAUCAUUGAAUCAUUACUAUUGUUUUACUUAUUUAUCAUGCAUUAUUUUUGAGAUUUUAUGAUGCAACAAGUAUGUGUGGAGGGACAGUUACAUGAGGUGUUUUACUGCUUUGAGGAACAAUCAGAAGAUGAUCUGUGCAGGAAUGUUCUUCAAUUUUUUAGCAGACAUAAGUGUUUUUAUGAAAAACUACGAAAUGGUAUGUAAACAUUCACUACCAGCGCUUCUUGAAGUAGAGGAAAACUGUGAGCUGCCAAAGAGUGUGGUAGUGGGUGUGUACAGGAAUUUAAGGUCAAUGCCAUCUAUGCAGUGUUGGUUUGAUUUCUUUUUGUGAUAUAUAUUCGUCAAAUGUGGGGUGACACUCUAAUAUAGACAACCUUCAUUUGUUGACCUUUUAGCUAUCAAAAAUUAAAUGUUUUCUUGUCAUGGCUGUGUUAAGGAAUUCUAUGUCUAAUACAUUGAAAAUGCAAAGGGUAUUAUCUGAUUUUCAUUUUGAUGGUGCUUUUCUUCAAACAUGCAGGGCUUAUACUGGCCACGAUUGUCAUUAAUCGGAAACGUUCUAGUCGGAAAUCAGCCAAUCAGACACCUCCAAAACCCAAUAGAAUGUAUCCAAUAAAUGACAAUCGUCGCCAGUCUACAUCCUGCAACAUCUUUGUCAGAUGAUUAUAUUUCAGCUAUUUGCAAGUCAUGUGAGUCUAGAUGCCAGUAUUGAUAGGUUGUUUGUAAAAUAUUUAGUGUAAGUAAGUAUGUAUAUGGAAGGAAUCGUGGUGUUGAAAUAAAUAUACUUUCCAAUCCAA